AUAUGUGUGUGUGUGUUUAUUGUGCCCCCUUACUGAGGCACAGUCGCCGUCACUCGCAGACACACACGGACUCAUCGCAAGUGAAAACCCUAAAAGCAAAGCCAAUCACGUACACUAUUUCAGCUUUUCCCCCGCGGGAUACCUUUACCUUAAUUUGCCUCUACGUUAUUCCCAGAUCCUAGGGUUUCCUUUCCAUAAUAUGCUCCGCCCCUGUGUUUUCCUCUCCCUCCGCUAAGUCUCGGAUUGCUAUGCUUUGUUGGCCUGUUCUAUUUGUGGUAUUCUGAUUUCUCGUCUUAAUUUUGAUUUUAGUCUGGUUGAUUUGGCCUCGCAGGUGAGACCUAUGAACUUGGAAUCAGGUACUCUUUGCUUCCCUUCGUGUUAGCCAGAUGUGGAUUUAGCAUUACACCGUCUUCGAGUUCAAAUCAAGCAAAGUCACAUUGGGGUUUUAUUAAUUUCUUUAUUUCUUCGCAUUUGGAUUUAAUUUAGCGGUUGAUAUAUUGGGGGUUUGAGGUGGGUAUGUCGGGUAAGGAGGAUGCUUCGUCCGGUGGUGGUAGUAUGGGUUCGUGGGCACCAACCCAGGCUUCUGAUGCACGGAAAACAUAUUGGCGAUCAGCAUCUUGGUCCUCCUCCCGCACGACCUUGCCUCCAUUGAACACUGACAAUGAUAGAGAUCUUCCAGAUCCUAGUGGCAGUAACGGUGGACAAGGUAGGCGGUUACCCGCGCCCUUAACCCCUCGAUCCCAACAGAAUUGUAAGGCUCGGUCAUUUUUGCCCCCUUUACAACCUUUGGCAAUUGCUCGCCGGAGCUUGGAUGAAUGGCCAAAGGCAGGGUCAGAUGAUAUUGGGGAAUGGCCUGUUCCCACAACUCCUGGUGGAAGAGAUUUGAGCAAGAGUGGGGAGAGGUUAAAGCUCGAUUUGUCGACAAUACAGAGAAGCUCUGACAAAAAUGGUGGGCUUGUUAAGAGGGAGAAGAUUGCAUUCUUUGAUAAAGAAUGUUCCAAGGUGGCUGAACACAUAUAUCUUGGUGGGGAUGCAGUUGCAAAAGACAAGGAUAUACUCAAACAGAAUGGCAUUACGCAUAUUCUUAAUUGUGUUGGUUUUGUUUGCCCCGAGUAUUUUAAAGAUGAUUUUGUGUAUAGAACACUAUGGUUGCAAGAUAGCCCCUCAGAAGAUAUCACUAGCAUACUCUAUGACGUAUUUGAUUACUUUGAAGAUGUCAGGGAACAAUCUGGAAGAGUUUUUGUUCAUUGUUGUCAAGGGGUUUCUAGGUCUACCUCUUUGGUAAUUGCCUACCUUAUGUGGAGAGAAGGGCAAAGCUUUGAUGAUGCUUUUCAGUAUGUGAAAGCAGCUAGAGGGAUUGCUGAUCCUAACAUGGGUUUUGCUUGUCAGUUGUUACAGUGCCAGAAAAGAGUACAUGCUUUUCCUUUGAGCCCCAGUUCAUUAUUGAGAAUGUAUAGGAUUGCUCCACAUUCUCCGUAUGAUCCCUUGCAUCUAGUCCCCAAAAUGUUGAAUGAUCCUUCUCCAUCUGCUCUGGAUUCUAGAGGUGCAUAUAUCAUUCAUAUACCGUCAGCUAUCUACGUUUGGUUAGGUAAGAAAUGUGAGGCCAUCAUGGAAAGGGAUGCCAGAGGAGCUGUUUGCCAAAUUGUUCGGUACGAGAAAGUGCAGGGGCCAAUAAUAGUGGUCAACGAAGGGGACGAACCACCAUAUUUUUGGGAUGCUUUCUCCAAUCUUCUACCGUUGAUGGAUAAAUCUAGCAAUGGGGUGGAUGUAGUUGAGUCAUCCACUAAAAUUUGCCCAGGUGAGAGAAAAGUGGAUUCCUAUGAUGUAGACUUUGAGAUAUUCCGGAAAGCAAUCAAGGGUGGCUUUGUGCCUCCAUUCUCAUCAUCUGAGACUGAGCAUGAAACCCAUCUUCCUGCAAGAGAAAGCAGUUGGAGUGAGCUGAGGCGUAAGUUUGCUUCUGGCAAUAUGAAGGACUUUGUCUCAUCUUCAAAAUCUGCACUCUCCAGAGUCUAUCCAGAUUCCCUGUUGAUAGCAGGUGUAGAUAGUACUGUGACCAAAUCUAAAGAUUCUAAACAUUCUUCUGUAAAUUUGUUGUCAUCUGCAUCCCCAUCAUCCGAAUCAUUGUCAUUGUCGUCAUCCUCUUCAUCUUCUUCCCCUCAUUAUCUCUCCCCAGACUCAGUUUCUUCUGAUUCAAGCAUUAGUUCUAAGUACUUAUCUGAUUCUCCUGCAUCAUCUCCCUCAACAGGACCAUCUUCCUAUCCACUAUCUUCAACAGUGUCUAGUUUCUCAAAUUUGUCACUUCUCUCAUCCAAACUUUCUCCUCGAUCCAUAACUAAAACAUCUGAAUUUAUUGAUGUGAAUUUUACUUCAAGGUCCCGCUCUCAAAUGCUGUCUUCACUAUCUAAAAGAUCUCCACUUUCUAUUGCUGAGCGUAGAGGUAGCUUGUCAAAGUGUCUCACCUUGCCAGUAAGGGCUGAUGAUUCAAGGGAAAAAGAUUUCUCCUCAUCUUAUCUUACUAACAAACAUGAUUGUAACAGUAGAAGCAUCAGCACCUCUAUUUGUGAACCACAUAAAACAGAAAAUCUUUUAGAGCACCCGCCCGAGGAAGGAUACGAGUCACAAGCAUCCUCAUUUAGAGUAGAUGGUGUUGAUUCAUGUGAUGAGAAAUCUGCUUGUAUCAAGGCUUCUGAUGAGCCUCGUAUAAAUCAUCAACUGGGGAAGAGGUUGUCUGUAUUUACUGACCCAUUGGCCAGUGGUUCAGCAUGUUGUGACCCAAAGAAAACGGUGAUAUGUCGCUGGCCCAGCAUGGAAAAAGUUGUGACAUUUGGUGCUGGUGAUUUGGAUACUGAAGCUGUCUUCAUUUUUAUUACUCCAAGUACAAGUUUAGGCAAAAGUAAGGACAAAAUUCUGUAUUUUUGGAUAGGAAAGUCUUUUAAUCAUGAUAAAAGCAAGAUUCAGCUAGGUAGAAGGGGAGAGUUAGAUGUUCUAGGAGAUAUUGACUGGAAUCAAGUUAGUUCUGACGUUCUCGCUCAAAUGGGUCUGCCAGAGGGAACUGACAUUAAGAUAAUUAAGGAAGAUGAAGAGCCAGUGGAAUUCCGUGAUUUGUUGAGCUCUUUGUGAGCAAAAGGAAUUGUGAAGAGAUUUUGCAGUCUCAAUUUUCUGACUUCUUUUCAGAUUUUUCAGCAUGCAUAGUUUUCCGUGCAACUUUUUUCCAGCAUAGCAAGGAACUGCCUGACAAAACAAUGAAGGAGGUACUGAGCGGUGAAUCCCUUGAUUGUACAGUUGUUCCAUGACAAAAGCAAGCAUUUGAUCCUACUGACAGUACUGAAUGUCCAUGUGUAUAUCUUGGUCCUACCUACAGCCACAGCCACAACCACAGCCUCUGUCUGUCUCUGUCUCUGCAUUUUCUUGAGCUUGUUAAAUGUUCAUAGACACUAGUACUACUAAUAUUGUUUGUAAUUGGUGGGGACUGGAGAGAGUUUUUUUUUUUUUUUUUUGGGG